AUGGUUGGAACUGUCCACACAGACAGCGACGACGAAUGUCGUGCACACCGGCCGGUCCGCCAAACCAAGCCUACCACCACCCUUCUCCAACAUUCUGAGAAGACGGCUCUCCCAUCACAAACCAAGGCUAUCAAUGCCUUUCGUGCAGCAGAGGCUGCGAAGUUGCCUGAUACUCGACAUGCUUCCAACGCUGGCGCUGAUCAAACCACCCCCAGCAUAUCCCUGAAUUCACCUCCGGGUGACACUGCACCAUCAGGUUCAAGCUUGGCUGCACUCGAAAAGGGUAAGAGGACUUGCGUUGAAGAAGUUCUUGAUGACAAGUCUGGUGGCAAGGAACAUGAAGAUGUGCGCACCAAUCCACGACCAAAACAGUUGCGCAAAUUAGCUGCGCCGGUUGACGAUUUAGUCGACAAUGAUGGUAUUCCGAUCAAUGUCGACGUCCAACCUAUUGCAAACAUGGCUCCAACAUGCGAAGGCAAAACUGCCGAUCUUGAUGCGUUUUUUGGCGCGAUGACCUGCACCAAACUGGUUCGGUGCAUGGAUGACUAA